GUGCCCCUAGAGGGCUCGCGUCCGUCUCUCUCUCGUUCUCUCUCUCGCUCUGUCAGUGUGUGUGUAUGUGUGUCCGUCGGUCGGUUCUUCUGUGUGUGUGAGCUCGGUGUUCCGCUCAUCAUGUCCUCCGCGGGAGCUGCGUGUGGACCGGAUCACGGCGGCUCUGUUCCCGCGUCCUGCGCCUCAAACCCGCGAAAGUUCAGCGAGAAGAUCGCGCUUCACACACAGAGACAAGCGGAGGAGACCGCGGCGUUCCAGGAGGUCAUGAUGGACCUCACCUCCACCCGGAUUCAGGCGCAGAAGGUCCGCUUGACCAGAACUCAGGGCCAGUAUUACGGCGGAUCUCUGCCCAACGUCAACCAGAUGUGCAGGAACGCCUCGGAGCUGCAGGGCUCGUAUCACUCUCCGCUGGACUCCAGUCGCUCCACACGGCAUCAUGGUCUGGUGGAGCGUGUUCACAGAGACAGACACUUCAUCUCUCCCAGCAGACCCUACAGGAGACAAGUGGACAGCUCUCACAGCAGCUCUGUGUAUCUGUCUCCGCCCCCUGACCCCAGCUGGAGAAGGAACUGGAACAGUAGCUUUGAGACGGACAAGAGCCAGAUAUUCCAGCAGCUGCCGGCCACAGCGCUCAACAGGACUAACUCGGACUCGGCGCUGCACACCAGUGUGAUGAAUCCUCCGGCUGGAGAUCCGUUUGCAGCAGGGCUCUCGGCGCCGGGCAGACGGUCCGUCUUCUCAUAUCCUGCUCCCAUCGAGGAGAACAGCCCUGAUGACGCACGCCUCAAACCCUGGGACUCCAGGAAGCUGCCGCUGCUCUCUUCACGACCAAAGUCCUGUGAGGUGCCUGGAAUCACUGUGUUUCCGUCUCCGGACCAGCAGGGCGGCGCUCCUCACGGCCCAACAGUGCUGAAUACAGGCGGCUCUCUGCCGGAUCUGUCCAGCCUGCACUUCCCGUCCCCGCUGCCGACCCCGCUGGACCCGGACGAGCCGGGAUACCUGUCCCUGAGCGGCGGAGGAAGCACGGGGAACCUGACCUGCACCCUCACGCAGCUCGGCAUCCACAGCCCCAGCGGCUUCCACUCCACAGGUCUGCCGUCUCUGCAGGGUGCGUCCAGUAACCCCUCCCUCCAGUCAUCACUUAGCAACCCCAACAUCCAAUCGUCUCUCAGCAGCCAUUCGUUCCCCAACUCGCUGAGCUCCGCCUCCCUGCACUCGUCCCUGAGCAACCCCUCCCUCCAGUCUUCGUUAAGCUCCUCCCCCUCACUGAGGUCAUCGUUCAGCAGCCAAUCGCUGCAGUCGUCUGUCAGUAACAGCACUUACAGCGCUCCGGGCUCCUUCCCUCCGCAGAUGAACACGUCUCCGCGCAGACGAGCGCAGCUGACCCCUGUGACCCUGCCUCCAGACACACGCAGACAUCACCCCAAACAGUUCUCACCCACCUCCUCCACCCUCAGCUCCAUCACACAGGGUGUGGCUCUGGACACCGGUCGGCUGCAGAUGGAUCAGAGGUUUUCUCCGUAUUCUUUCGGACAGCAGCAGGUUCAUGCGUUCGGCCCGUCGCCGCAGACGCUGCAGCUUCACCUACACAACAUGCAGAAUCUGCACAAGACGCAGAACUUCCAGAUGCAGCCUCUGAAGUGGCCGAACCAGAACCCAGACGCGUCACAGCCGCAUGCACAGGCGCAGACGCAGCCGCAGAUCAGACCGUCUCUCAGCGCAGACCUGGACCUGUACAGCGACACAAUGUUCCUGAACUCUCUGCUGGACGACACAAACCUGGGCCUACAGAUACGCCAGAACCAGAACCUGAGCCAGCAGUUGAGUCUGGACUCUCAGCUGGAGGCUCUGAAUCAUGACUGUGGUUCUUCUGGGGUUCUGAAGGCUCAGAGCGGCUCGUAUCAGGGUCAGUCUGCACUGCUGGAGAUGCUGGACUCCUCCGAACAACAGACGAGGAACCAGAGCCAGAACCAGAGCUACACUGACGGGCGGCACGCCGUGCCCAACAUCAUCCUGACCGAUGAUUCUCCGUCAGGUCUGUCGAAGGAGAUCGCGAGCGCGCUGUCGGCCGUCCCGGGCUUCGAGAUGGACUCGUUCUCUGCGGACGAGCCGCUGGCGCUGGAGGCUCUGGGCAUGCUGUCAGACGGGGACCUGAUGCUGGCCGACCCCGCCGUCGAGGACUCCUUCCGCUCGGACCACCUCAAGUGACUCGAAGAGCGACGCUGACGGAGAUGUGCAUGUGGCACUCUGGGUAGAGCGCCGGCAGAUCAUGUGACCUGGGUCUGAGUCGCAUGCUAACGAAUGCACUUGUGCACAUGCGCUUAAACUGAGCUUCUGCCCUUUAAUUCUACGCUUCAAAGCCGCACCAUCCACUUCCUGUUACAGAUAUCGCUGACACGUGCCUCCACCGAACACUUCUCAGGUGCUUCAGUCCCAGCAUGCACUGCACCGCAGCAGGUUAAUACAGAACCUACACAGACGCUUAAGAGUGACGUGAGUCAUCGUUGCGUUCCAUCUGUUUGAGACGUCAGUGUCUGUCUCAACCAAUCAUGUGAGUCAGGGGCGGGGCUAUCAGGCUGACUGACCAAUGACGGACAGGGAAAUACUCAGGUGAUCCGUUUGAUUGAAUGUGUCUGUGUUCAGAAUGGCACACCGAGACGGUGUCCCAGAAUGCACCUGUGCUCAAUUUAAAAUAAAUGUAUAUAUUUAUUUUAUAUAUAACUCGCAUGCAACUGAUGCAAAAAUGCUUAAUGAUGCCUUACCGUUUAUGAACUAAUGUUUUAUAUAUAUAUAUAUAUUUAAUGUUACUAUAAAAAGAAAUUAAUUAAACAGUAAUUAGUGCAAUUACAUCAGAACUAACUGAAAAUAAAUUAUAGUAAAAUUAAGAGUAAUCUGGUACUUGAGUAAACAUUUUUAAAAUCCAGUAAUAAAUAAAUAACAGUAAUUACAAUUUUUUUAUUAUUAAUUUAUUCAAGUAUUGAAUGUAUUAAAGGAGUAAUGUAAUAUAAUUACAGUAUUUUUGUGAUUUAAGCUAUUGUGUUUCUGCAUUUAUACUAAAAGUAUUUUCAUACUAACACCUAUAAACCCCAUAUAGUUAUAUUUCUAGUUUUUUCUCUGAUCAUGAUCUAAAUGUACUACUAUGGAAGACCAAAGGAUUUUAAUACAUUUCAAAUAGUUAUAUUUCACCAUACAAACACGAGUUUGUUAUACAUUUUACAGACAUUGAUCAAAAAUUGCCUUUAAACUUAUCGUGAUAAUUAUCAACUGAUAUGAAAAAACUGCAUUGCCAUUUAUUUUUUGGCCAACCCUAUAUAAAUAUACACACACACACACACACACACACAUGGAUAUUAUGCUUUAUACAAAAUAGAUUUUCCAAAGCAGCUUCAGAUUAAUAAAUGGGGAAAUAACAAUGAUAUAAAACUCAUGAAAUCAGCUCAAGUGUUUACAGAUUAGUGUGCACUAUAUAGUGUGCAGGGAGCUGGUACUCCGUUCUGAACACAGCCGCUAUCAGAUGUUCUGUCCCAGCAUUCAGUCUGCUCCUGAUGAUCCACACUAACCAGUCUCGUGUGUGUGUGUGUGUGUGUGUGUGUGUGUGCUCGUCGGCUCUCUCUCCUCUUCUGCUUGUAUUUGCACGUUUAUUCUCCUGAGCAAGGCCAUAUUCAGAGGAACACACAUUUUUUGACUAAAUGCUGUUUGUAAACUCAAAGGAAAGAUAUGAUAAAUUAUCCUUUGCAGCAAAAUAAUAAAUGCAUGCAGUUUAUGUUUAACUCCUUCAUAGCACACGCGCACAGAAAUGCAGAAUUGCAAGAUAUAAAGUCACAUGCUCCUGUAUUUUCUGUCAUGUUGGAAACGCUGGUCAUUAAUCAAACGGGACAAGCAUUGCUUCUGGUCUGUGAUUGUGAUUGUGGGGCGAGCGUCAGCUGAUGAUGAUGAUGAUGAUGAUGGUUUCGUCAGCUGCAGUGCAUGCUGGUCCUGACCGCAGCGCUGUGAGCGUGUGUCUAUCAGCCGGACGCUGCUAGUGAAACAUGGAGUCCGCUGAUGACUGUGUCAGUUUAAUCUUACAGAAGCAGGUGUGUGUGAUGCUGAGCGUCUGCACUGGAAGAACAGCUCAGGUCUGAUAUAGAGAUAUAGAGAUAUAUAUGAUGAAAAGAUCCACUGCUUGAGCUCUUCUCUAGCUGUUGUCUUGGUAUGAAAAGAAACAAAAUAAGCGCACUCUAUUUUUAAGAUGUACUUGUAUGAUUGUUGCUUUUAAUUUUUGGGUUAUUUUAAAAAACAGGGAAACUGUGUAUGUUGUAAAUAAUGUUCUGAAAGCAUAGGUGCUUCUGUUGGAACGUUUUUUAAGACUAUCUUCACAUUAUUUUGCAGAAAAAUAAAGAAUAUAAGUGAA